AUGUCAGAUAUCGUUAAAAUUUUUGACUUGCAAAAGGUAGAAAACCACGUUCAAGUUGUUAAUCCAAAUCAGUGUUUGAAUUAUGUCGGAAAACAGUGUGUGUCUUCUGAACAAGUUGUCUUUACCGUACGUAUCCCAUAUAUUACAUUACGGUAUUGGUAUACUUGCAAAGCCAAAGAUGGUUUACUGAACAAAAUCAACUGCAGCUGGAUCGAAAUACUCAACUACUAUCUGAACCAGAUAAGUGGAUAUAAAAUAAGAGAAAACUGCGAGAGAAUUGAAGGUCGUUUAAGGCGGUUGUGUUGCCAAGUUGCAGCCAAAUAUGUAGGGGCAAAUGGCACAACGUUCAGGAAACUUAACCUUAAUGUAGUCAAUAUUUCGGUACGUGCAGGGGAGUUUCAGACAAUGGCAGAACUAGCAUCUAAGCUAAAACAAGAACAGGCAAAAAACGAACAAAUGUGCAAAGAAAACGAAAUCCUUAAAUCCCGAUGUGAAGAAUUAUAUAGCCAAAUGAGGGAUGCCCAAAAGGCUGAGAAAGAUGCCCACCAGAACUUACAGCAGGCUACGGCAAACAUUGACAUCCUACAGACCGAAAAUCUGGAACUCUACACGUAUAUCGAGAACAUUGGACAAGAUGUUAACUUUGACAACAAAAGUAAAAAGGUUUGUGAAGUUGGCGAACGUCAACAAAGGAGAAAACUAAAAGAACUAAAAACUAAAAUUGAACAAGCACUUUGGUUUGCAAAGACCUUCGGCCUUGAAUUACAAUCCGGUCCAUUAAUCUUUUGGAUCAAAAGGGUACUGAGCACACAAUAACCUACAACGAGUCCAAUCAUGCAAGAGCUUAUAAAGACCUAACUGAAGAAGAGCAAGAAAAAGUAAAAAAUAUCCUAUUUUUGUUAGACAAUUUCUGUGUAAGCGAUGCUGCAUAUCACGAACUGACAAUGAGUGAAGGAGGAAAUCAAUUGCCACGGUCAUACCUCAUCAAACAAUGUAAUGAACAACUUAAUUCACUAUGUCACAUAACAAGGACACCUGGUCAGGCUGAAGGAGUUCAACUGGAUUUUAAGUGGGAAUUGCAAUCUUAUAUCAGAAUGAUGGCAAGUACAUGUACUGUUUCUUUAAAACAUAGGAGCAACAGUUCUCAGAUAUAAGUUCUUUCCCCCUUGCCCUGCUGUACCCGUAUUGAAGUAAACAGUCCCUCUAGACCCCCUGCCCUAAAUGACACUACAGUACUUGAAUCGUGUCUGCCACAUUCAAUGUGACUUUGAUUUUACUUGCUGUAGACUGAGAAAGUAUUUGUAUUAUCGGUACCUUAGCCUUCAUUUUCCUUAGAGUGACUGAGACCCAGGACCUACAGUAUUUGAAUUUCCUCAUCAUGGGAUAUUAACCUGAAUUAGGACUAAAGUUGUACUGUUGACCAUACUAUGUAUUCAAUAGUACAGUAUUUUUUAUUUUGCAGAUUACAAGUAAAGACAUCAACAUUGAUGAUCCAGGCUUCAAGUUAAAGAUCAAGCUUUCAGGGGAUGGUGCAAAAAUGUCAAAACUGACAAAUUUUGUUGUGAUCUCCUUUGCAGUGUUAAACAAAGAUGAUGAUGUAAUGGCCUCAAGAGGUAUAAUCUUAAAGAGUAAUGUAGCAAUAUACAUACAGUGACAUAGAGAUGAUAAAUAAUACUAGAUGGGGCAUCAAGGUUAAAAUUUGGGUACGUGGCUAAAAUGGGGGACAAAUUUAGGUGCCCGAUGGGAAAAUGAGUACACAUCCGGGACUUGAAUUCGUCCCCCAAUAGCCGUAUUCCUUUUUUCGCCUGAUGUUAAGAUUACGAUGCCCCCUCUAGUGUUAUUAAUUAUAAUCUCUAUGUACAGUACAAUCUGACAAACCAUAAUAAUGUCAUCUGCAGGAAACCAUUCAAUAGCCAUAAUCAAGGGUCAGGAAUCGUACGAACUGCUGCAGACUUCAUGUGCUGCUAUAUUUAAACAAGUGAACGUAUUAGUGAAGGAGAAAAAGAUAUCAAUUAAUGAAAAAGAUAUUCCUUUAGAAAUGUUUCUGGCAGGUGAUUAUAAGGUAAGCUUUAUAUGUCAUAUAUAUAUAUAUGCUGUUUUAAUUUAAAUCUGAUGGAACAUUUGCACAAAGCGUUCCUCUUUUCCCACCUCCUGACCUCCCAUCUCCCGACCUCCCAACUUCCGACGAAUGUACAUACAUAUAUGACAGAAAUACAGUAACUAGAGUACAGUAAGCAAGAAAAUUGUUUUAAACAUCCAAAAGCUUAUUUUCAUAUUUCUUAAAUAUGUACCAAAGUUUCUUCUACUUGUCUUGGGGAUGAAGGGAGCAACUUCAGACCAUGCAUGUUUAUGGUGCAAAAUCCAUAAACAUGAAAGGUAACUGCAAUAUAAUAUAUUUUCUUAAAAAUAAAGAACGUAUUAAAAUAUAUCUUCAUCACCAUGGUAAUAAAUAUCUCCCAAAAUUCUUGCACAAUGUGUUAUAGAUAUGAUAUGUCAAAGUCACAGGAAUACUACUGGAGUGAUCACAUUGUUAGAUCCUUGAAAGAGAUCAAAGAGUGUGCAAAAAAGCAAGAAUAUUCCUGUGAGCAUAUGCCACUUGUUAACAUACCCUUAGAGAAUGUUAUAUUAGAUGAGCUCCAUCUGAUGUUGCGAAUAACAGGUACUAAAACAUACCACCAGGCAGUAUGUACAUUUAUUUAUUUAUUAUAUUUCUGAUUCAGUAUCCUGGAACAUUGUUAUGUAUUAUACAUUGCUCUUGUAUUUCAGAUAAAUUGACAAAGAAUUUAAUUGAAGCAGCGCUAGAAUGGGACAAAAAGGACAACCUAAACAAAGCACCAUCCAAAAGGAGUAAUCAACAUAUGGAGGAUCUACUUGAAGCAAUUAGGAGUUGUGGACUUUCUUUCCAGGUUUGGGAAAAAACAAAUGGAGAUGGAAGUGGAAGUGGAAUGUACGAUUUCACAAGUCUGAUGGGGUCGGCUAAAAAGUUAUUACUAAAAAAGUUGCCUGAUAAACUAAAUUGGGUUAUUAUGCCUGACACUGAAGAGGCUGUUAUCAAAUUAUGGAAGGUAAGCCUUCUCGAUUGAGCCAAUGCAGUCUUUUUGAUAAACACAGACUUACAAACUAGGUAGGCUAUAUGUAUCUUGGUAUAUUUGAUGAAAAAUUUAAUUUUUUUAUCUCGAAUUAGGAUUUUGAUCAACUAUAUACCCUGCUGGGUAAGAAAAACCUGAGUGAUGAAGAUAUUCAGAAAUACUUCCUUAAGGUAUUUUAACUAUAAAUAUGAAUUUUGAGGUUACCAUACCCACACGAUUAGCACUAUAAAUUUCUUAUUUCUUCACCUGUAGGAUGAUUAUAA